CUUUUCGUCACGUGGAGAUUAAGGUAUACGUGCGAAACAUCAGUUUAUUCAACGAUUGGUUCAAAAUUCAAUGGUAUCACUUCGAAUUCUUGUGAAAAUUGCGUCCAUCGGAGGAUUUGUAACAGCGGGUACAGGUUAUAUUUUCAUGUUUCUUAUGCAAAACAAAAUUAAAAAGACCGAAAAUUACAAGGAUGCAAUGGACGCUUUGCGUACUCAUAAGAAAGCUGUACCCUAUUUUGGAGAACCUAUAAGAUUGGGUCAUGUCAAGUACGGCGAUGGGCAGCGGGAAAAUAGAAUACCUUAUAAGUGGUUUAAAAUCCCCAUCAGAGGUACCCAUACUAAAGGAAAUAUGUAUUACGAGGUAACGUUAAACCAGAAACUCGAAAAUAAACCCGAAGUGUCCAGGAUUGAAAUAACAUUUGACAAUAUACCAGGGAAAACAUUUGUGAUAAGAGAUAAUAUCGUAUAAGAUGAUACAAUUAU